CACUAUUCAACAUCUCCGAUCCAAUAACAGGACCAACUACACGGCAUCCUCGAGCAACAUACUAUUUCCAAAUCCUCCGCUGACCAUUCUACAAUUCCCCCACUAUUUAUCAAUAUGUUCGCCAUCCAACCAGCCCAGAAAUCUUCCUCCAACAACGAAACAUCAACCGAUCAAUUCACCCCCAACAUCCUCCCCUGUCGCAUCCACCACGAUGGCCCGGUCGAGUCAUUAAAACGCUACUGGACACCUGUAUCUGAUGAGAACGACCAAAACCAGCAAACGGCCUACUUCCGCGGCCGGAAGCUAAGAGGCCGCCGAGUCGCAAUCCCCGAAGGCUACGAGGGCGUCGUCGCAACACCCACAGACCGUGUUAUGCCCGCUACCCCGACGAGCGCGGACGUUGAAGUCGAGGAGGUUAUACCCGAAGAGCCAGUCAAGAUACUUGAGAAGCAAGGUACAUUCGAUGAGUUCGUGGUCUGGGGUCAUGAAUGGGUGCCCGCGGCAGAUGACUCCUUUGUUAAGGGGGUAGAAGAGUGGAUUAAGCUUGCUGAAGCGAUGCACACUACCCCCAGCAGUGAGAAGAAAGAUUCUACUUGAGCGAGUCGAUAUUGCGGACCAUAGAAGCUCAUGAUGAGGGUUGCUGCAUACAACUAUAUUCCUUCACCGUUCAGUCGAUUGCUCAAAUGGCUUCGUCGGUACAUAGGUCUCUUCAGACAGUCUCCCGCCAAAUGCGUCUCACGCUGGAGCAAUGCCAUAUCUGCCGAUAGUAUUCGAUUCCGGUGCGGACAGAAUUGAUGCUAGAGGCUAUGGUACAGACCCGGGGCGGGCUAUAAGUUGCAGAUGACGUCCAAGAUCCGACGAGGGUACACUUUUGCCAGCUGCAAUAUUGGACAUCUGGGAAAGGCUACCAACACGAACAGGAACUGGCAUGGAAACGCCAGUGGCUAGCCGUGCGAGACCAGGAAGUUCCCUUAAGGAAUUAUCUCUCCACUGCCAUAUAGUUAGCUUCCAUCCAUAGAGCCAAGCCAAUAUCAC